AAUGAGAUCGUGCUGAUUGCAAAACUCCAACAUAGGAACCUGGUCAGGAUUUUAGGUUGUUGUGUUGAAGAAGAAGAGAAGAUGAUAAUCUACGAAUUCUUGCCAAACAAAAGUUUGGACUUUUUCAUUUUUAAUGAAUCCAAUCGAACACAUUUAGAUUGGAGGAGACGCUUUGAGAUCAUUUGUGAAAUUACUAGAGGGAUAUUAUAUCUUCAUCAAGAUUCAAAAUUAAGAAUCAUACACAGAGAUCUAAGAGCGAGUAAUGUUCUAUUAGAUGGUUCUAUGAAUCCCAAAAUUGCAGAUUUUGGUCUGGCUAGAAUAUUCGAGGGGGAUCAAAGUGAUGCAAAUACAAAUCGCGUGGUUGGAACAUGUGGUUAUAUGUCACCAGAAUAUGCAAUGCAAGGACUCUUCUCAGUAAAGUCAGAUGUAUAUAGCUUUGGGGUAAUAGGAUUAGAAAUCAUUACUGGUCAAAAGAAUACUGGUCACCAUCCCAGAUCAAGUUUGGUUGAACAUGUUUGGAACUCAUGGAGAGAAGGUAGUGCCUUAGAACUCGUUGAUUCAUCUCUCAGCGGAUCAUGCCCUGUCGAUGAAGUUCUAAGAUGUAUCCACAUAGCCUUCUUGUGUUUACAAGAGCACGCCACUGACCGGCGCGGCCAAACAUGUCAGAAGUUCUUGUAA